AUGGGAAAGAACCAUCGAACGGAUCCAGCUUGGAAGUAUGGAAAAGAAAUUGAAAAAACGGGAGGUGAUAAAAAGUCAUACGUCUACAUCGAGUGUAUGUUUUGCAAGAAAACCAUCACUGGAGGGGUGAAGCGGAUGAAGGAACACUUAGCAUGUACUCACAAGAAUGUAGCCCCAUGUCCUGGAGUUCCUGCGGAUGUUAAACAAGAGAUUGCGGAGUAUAUGAAUGCUGGAAACAUGAAAAGACAACUAUCACAACAACAAUUUGAAGAUAUGGUCGAGCUUGGUUCUUAUUAUGAGAAGAAUGAUAAAGAAAAAGAUUCUUCUAGAGGCAUUAGAGGACCAAUAGAUAGGUUUGUGUCAAACAUGGGCGGUGAUGAUGAGACACAUCCAAAGAUGAAUGCAGCGAAGAUGAAAGAGAUGCGAAAUAGCGUCUGUUUAGAUGUUGGCAGAUUCUUCUUUGAAAAUGCAAUACCUUUCAAUGCGGUUGAAUCUCCUUCAUUUAUCAGCAUGUGUCGGGCUCUUGGUUCAUACGGUAGAGUGCUCAUCUACAUGGCAAUACGCUCAAGUUAA